GGAGCAGGUGCUUGAUAAAGGGAUGUGAUUUAGAUGAGAUAUCCAUCCCACCCUUCCUUCUUCUCCUCCCCCCUCCCUUCCCAUCUUCCCUUACAAGAAGCCCCCUGACUGCACCAACAGCAAAACUGAUCAGGAAUCACUUUCACCAUCAGCAGCAGCACUGACGUAAACCUGCCAUUACAGACACGCACACACUGUCACACAUACACACACCCAUACUCAGAAGCAGUGAUUCUCCUAUUUAGGUACCUCAGUCAACAGGGACAUCAGCACCAGUCAGCAGCUGAAGCAUCAGCAACAGCACUAGGCAAGAAGAGGGAAAGAGUCGUCUAGUCUUUUGUCUUGGCUGAUGUGCACAGAUAUCCCCACAAGACAGAGGAAUGUCUAAGCUGUGAAGAAGCUGAAACACAGAAGAUGCUACCUAAGAGGCAAGGUUUCCCAAAGGAUUGUAUUCACUGGAUCUAGUUUUGACAGCUCGGUCUCUGGAAUACACAGAAGAAAAUGUGCUUAUAUUAAAUGUUCUCUCCCCCUCCCCCUUUCCCUCUCAAAGACUUGUUAUGACAAGAGCUACUGCAGGGUGCCGCAUUGCCUAGCUGUUUGGUGGCGAUAUUGUUUUUUCCCUCUUUCUAGUCCUGAAAUGUGGGUCUUUCUGCUGGUUGGUGCCUCCUUUGAUGCAUAGGAUGUGUUACAAGUCUGCAGACAAACUGUAUUUUACAUAAUAACAACAAUUACUGUGGUAAAAGCAAGGAUAUUACAUCUUUCUGAAACUAGAAACGUAAGGAAAAAGGUGUGAGGUAUAUGGAUCAGCCUUCAUAGUCUACAGUUAUAUAUAUGUUAAGGAUAUUUCUGUGUUUCUUUUCAUUAACUAAAUUGAACUGAGGGAACGCUGUUUACAUAAUAGAAAAUGACUCAUUUGCAGGCAGGUCUGUCCCCAGAAACCCUGGAGAAAGCCAGGUUGGAACUGAAUGAGAAUCCAGACACCUUGCAUCAAGAUAUCCAGGAGGUGAGAGACAUGGUCAUCACACGUCCUGACAUUGGUUUCCUCAGGACAGAUGAUGCCUUCAUCCUGCGCUUCCUAAGGGCCCGGAAGUUUAACCAUUUUGAGGCAUUCCGGUUGUUGGCACAAUAUUUUGAAUACCGCCAGCAGAACUUGGAUAUGUUCAAGAACUUCAAAGCUACAGAUGCUGGCAUAAAGCAGGCUUUAAAAGAUGGGUUCCCUGGGGUGCUGUCCAGUCUGGAUCAUUACGGCAGAAAAAUACUGGUCCUCUUUGCUGCCAACUGGGACCAGAGCAGGUACACAUUUGUUGAUAUUUUACGUGCCAUUCUCUUAUCUCUGGAGGCCAUGAUUGAAGACCCUGAACUUCAGGUGAAUGGAUUUGUCUUGAUCAUAGACUGGAGUAACUUCACCUUUAAACAGGCCUCCAAACUAACUCCCAGCAUGCUUCGAUUAGCCAUCGAAGGUCUCCAGGACAGUUUUCCUGCUAGAUUUGGAGGAAUCCAUUUUGUUAAUCAGCCCUGGUAUAUCCAUGCCCUUUAUACUGUCAUACGACCUUUUCUAAAGGAGAAAACCAGAAAGCGGAUAUUCAUGCAUGGCAACAACCUGAACAGUUUGCACCAAUUGAUCCACCCAGAAAUUCUACCAUCUGAAUUUGGUGGGAUGCUUCCUCCCUACGACAUGGGUACUUGGGCAAGAAUGUUGCUCGACCAUGAAUAUUAUGAUGAUGAAGAUGAUGGUGACUAUAACACUGACUACAAAAUGCCAGCUAAGGACUUAGAGAAGGAUUUAUCUCCCAAGUCCAUGAAAAGAUCUCAGUCAGUGGUGGAGCCAGGUGUAUUGAAGCGUGUUGAUAAAAAUGAAGAAGAAAACACACAGCCUUUGCUUUCACUGGACUAAGAGCUCCCAGAUGGGGAUCUAUGCUCUGAACAUUGCUUUGCAGGGAAGGCACAAGCCUUCAGCUACAAACCAUCCUCAGAGAAAAACGUGCCAACUGUUUAAAUGUAUUUAUUUGUAUGAAUGUUGCAAAAUUGUAAUUUAGGCAGCACAUUAUAUCCUCACACUAAGCAGAGGUGAUGACACUCACUGCAAAUUACAAAAAAAAAUAUUGAUAUUUUACUCUGUAAGUGCCAACUUGUUUGUAAAUAUGCGGUAAUACUUCACUUUGAAUUUGUAUUUCAUUGUAGUAUAAUGAUGUGACGGGAGAGACAGAACAUCUGUAUCUGUGUGACUCUAAGGUAAAAUGGCUACACACAAUGAAUGAAUGCUGCCUUUUUUAUAUGAGGCCAUGUCUGAGAUUUCAUAUAGAACUGCAUUCUUUGUAUUGAUUGCUCAGUAUGAGGUUUAUUUCCUAUUGUACUGGGAAGCACUAGUGCUCAAAUGUAUUGAUUCUGGAAGUCUUAUAGAUGUGAGGAUCCCAGGCUUGUGGUUCUCAAUGUCCACAGAGAGACCAAAACAUCAGACAGUCUUCUUACAACUCAGAUGGCUAUAUGUGGCAGUGUUGUUCUGUUCACCUGUAUUGUCAAGUUUAAACUGGCAAAAAUGUUUUGAAAACAAAUAUAUAUAUAAUUUUGAUUAAAGUCA